AUGAGCACUCCUACAGUUACCACGGCGCUUAUCGACUUCUCGGCUUUCCAGACUACAGAUCCGUCGAUUCGUGAAGCAACAGCCAAAGCCAUCCUCUCGGGCUUUCAAACAGCCGGCUUCAUCUACAUCCGCAAUCAUGGCAUCGACAAAGCUGCGGUAGAAGAGGCGUUCAAGUACAGCGCAGAGUUCUUCAAGAGACCAGUCAGUCAANAAGAGCAGCUUGCCUGGACAACACCUGAAGCCAAUCGCGGUUAUGUUCGGCAAGGACGCGAGAAGACGACUGAUCUCGUGGACCCUGUCGAAAUCGAAAAGCAAAGAGCGCUUGAAGGAGCUGACUUGAAGGAGUCUCUCGAGAUCGGCCGUGAGGGUGUUGAUGGGCUGGAAAAUCAAUGGCCAGACCGAUUCGACGAAGAUGGGAAAGUGUUUAGGGAGAAGAUGUUGGGUUUCUUUGAGGUCUGCAAGGACCUGCAUGUGCAGGUGAUGCAAGCGAUUGCUGUUGGUCUUGGUAUCGAUGCGCACUGGUUUGACAAGUUCUGUAAUGCAGGCGAUAACACUUUAAGGCUGUUGCACUAUCCGGCAGUGAGCAGCAAAGUGUUUGCCGAGAACAAGAACAGUGUUCGAGCAGGAGCACACACCGACUAUGNNGUUAGUGGAAUCAGCAAGCCAUGGUGUACACGGCUGACAGAAGCAGGAUCAAUCACGUUGCUAUUCCAGGACGCUCGAGGUGGUCUGCAAGUUCUGUCACCCAUGGGUACAUAUGUGAAUGCGACUCCAAUCCCGGAUACGAUUGUUGUCAACGCAGGAGAUUUGCUGGCAAGAUGGAGCAACGAUACGAUCAAGAGUACAAAGCAUCGCGUUGUCGAGCCACCAGUCAAGGCAGAUGCGGACUUUCAUCCUGCGAGAUACUCGAUGGCCUACUUCUGCAAUCCUAACUUUGACAGAUUCAUCGAUGCCAUCCCAGGGACAUUUGAUGAGGCCAAGCAGAAGAAGUAUCAGGGCGUGAAUAGUGGCGAUUAUCUGGUUCAGAGGUUGACGGCUACUUAUUGA